AUGGCAUUGCUAGAUUAUCAAACUUAUACCUCAUAUUUUGAUCCCAAUCAUAAUGGAACAGAUCAAGGGUUCCUCCAUAUGUUGGACUUUCUCAAUACACCAAGGUCUGGUUCUGCUCAAAACUCUGCUGGUAUCACUAUUAGAACUUUCAUAACUUCUGUUAUGAUUUCAUUUUUAUAUUGUGCUUUUCAAACUUCAAUCUUCAGUUUACUUCGUUGCAAAUUUAAAAACAUUUAUCAACCAAAUUGUUAUUAUAUCCCUGAUGAUGUUAAGUUAUACCCAUUAGAGGAGGGAUUUUUCAGUUGGAUUAAAGCUGCUUUGUUUCACCCAUUAGAUGAUUACAAAAAUAUUGGGUUAGAUGCUUAUUUUUUCAUCAGAUACUUGUGUUUCCUUUUAGUUCUUUUUUCAGGUUUGGCUGUGUUCAACUUACCUGUUUUGAUUCCUGUUAAUUAUUAUUCAGGUUAUGAAAAUUAUAAACCAGAUGAUCUUAUAAAGUAUGCAAAUGGAACAAUCCCUAAAAUGACAUUAGGAUUGGAUAGAAUUUCAAUGUCAAAUAUUGCCCCAUUGUACACAAAGAGAUUAAGUAUACAUUUAACAAUGACUGUCAUCUCAAUUCUUUGGUUUCAUGGAUUGGUUAUAACUGAGUUGAGAAAUUACUUGAAAAUCAAAAAUCAAUAUUUAGCAAAAAAAGCACAAUCAGGAGGAAGACCAGAACUUUCAAGAAACUCUGAAAAUACUUUAUUAAUCAACAAUGUACCUUCAAAUCUUUUGAAUAGAAGGGACUUAUCAGAUGUGUUUAAUAAGUUAUCAGGUUGUAAAAUUAAAAAUAUUUGGUUUGUUUAUGACUAUAAAGAUUUAAAAGAUUUCCAUAUAAAUGAUGUUAAACUCCUUGAUUCUAUUGAAAAUUUAGAAAGCAAGCUCAUAACUUCCAAAUUUUUUGAAAUUGAAAAUGAUUUAAUUGAAGAUCUUUCCAAAUAUAAGUACAAUAAAAGAUUAGCUGGUCUAAGAAGCGUUGCUGAUUUCAGAGUCACAUUCAUGUAUUAUGUUGUACCAAGAGGUUAUAUUUUGAAUAGAAGACUGAAAUUACAAGAAACAAUUGAUCUGUAUAUUGAUAAUAGAAACCAACUUAAAAGUAAAAGGUCUUUAUUGAUUGCAAGAGAAAGAGGUCCUUUGAAUGACCAAAAGUACAAUAAAGUAUUUAUACAAUUUGAAGAUAGUUUCCAACCUCAUUUAUUGAAUCAAAUUCAAAUCUCUGAUAAGAUGAAUGAACUUGAUGGUACUUUAAUCUUUGUUAACCCUAAAGAUUUGAUUUGGGAAAACUUGUCUGUUCAAAGCAAUAUGCAGGUCUUUAUUAGAGUUUUACUUGGUAAUACUUUUGGUGUGAUUAUAAUCUUAGGAUGGGUUAUUCCUGUUGCUUUCAUUGGGUUAGUUUCCCAGCUUCCUUAUUUGACAGUCUUGAUACCAUUUUUAUCUUGGUUGAACUAUUUACCAGACUAUAUAACUGAUGUCAUUUCCAAUUUCCUUUCAGUUAUACUUUUAGUCUGCCUUUCAGAACUGGUACCAUAUAUAUUUAGAUACCUCGGUUAUAUUAAGUGUAAAAAGACAGGUGCUCAAGUGGAAGUUGAUGUUCAAAACUGGAUGUUCAUUUUCUCAUUUAUUCAUAUAUUCAUGGUGGUGACAAUUUCCUCAGGUUUGACAGUUAUAGUUGAAGGACUUGUUAACAAUCCAGUUUCAAUUCCAAAUAUCUUAGCAAGAAACUUACCAAAGUGUUCAAAUUUCUUUUUCUCAUAUUUGAUGAUCAGAGGGUUCUCGUAUUUUGGUAAUAAUCUUUUACAAAGUGUUCAGUUAUUCAAAAACUUAUUUGUCUAUCCAUUAGUUGAUUCAACACCAAGAAGAAAAUUUAAAAGAUUAGCAUCAGUCCCAGUUUACCAUUGGGGAUCAGUUUAUCCAACAUUCGCAGUUUUGGGAUCAAUUGGAUUAAUUUAUUCCAUUUUAUCACCAUUGAUUCUUAUAUUUUGUUGUGUUUCGUUUGGUUUGGUGAUUAUAUCUUUCAAAUAUUCUGCUAGAUAUCAAUAUUCCCAUGAUAACCCAUCUGAGAAUCAUGGUAUAUUUUAUCCAAAGGCAAUAUUUCAACUUUAUUCAGGUAUUUACUUCAUGGAGAUUUGUCUUAUUGGUAUUUUUGCAUUAUCAAGAGAUGAAACAAACUCAGCAAACUGCCUUAGUCAUGCUUUUGUUACAUUUGUUUUGUUGAUACUCACUGCUGCAGGUCAAGUUCAAAUGAAUAAAAUGUUCAAUAGACUACUAUCUAAAAAUUUUCCAUUGACUUUAUAUGAACCUAAAGAACCUAAAGAUAAGGAUGAAUCGUCUAAUACUAAGGAAAACCAAACCACUAAAGUAGAACAUGAAGAUCAAAUAGAGGCAAAACAACCCAAUGAGGACUUGUUCAAUGAUACUUUCCACCAUGAAUGUUUUCAGCAUAAAAAUAACAUAGUUUGGGUUCCAAGAGACACACAUGGCAUUUCUAACAUCGAAUUGCAGCACUUAAAAGAGCUUGGAAUUGAAUGUUCAAAUCAAAAUACAGAAUUGACCAAUGAUGGGGAGCUUCAGAUUUAUAGUUCACCUCCGGAUCACAUCAUGGAUUCUUAA